UAUGUGAGUUUUUUCCCUUCAGAAUAUUUGAAAUUUCCCAGCCGGACAGCCAGUGGCUCCACCGCCACAGGCAGCUGCCGCUCACCGGCGAACUGCCACCGCCCGCUCAACUUCAACAGCCAGGGUUCCCGUUUCACCAUCUCGGUCUCUCUCUAAGCCCCUGCUGGGCAGCCUCCCCGUCGUUGACGCGGGCGGAGGCUCUGUAACACUACCAGGGUUCCUUGUUCUCAUCCAACCCCAGAUCCCUUGACCUGUGAGAUUCCGGUGUCCAUCUCCUCCCCGGUCCGUCGCCACUCGCCAACAAGAAGGCUCUCGCUCACCAGUCACGAUCCUUCCACCGAAGUAAAGGUUCCUCAAGUACUCACUACAAUGGAUAAGAAGAAAGAAGUCGAUGACAUGGAACCUGGACCAGCUCUUUCUCGGUCUUUGGACAGAGUUGGCUUCAUAAAGACAGAACAAAGUAACUCUCCUGAGGGAACUUUGAAAAGCAGACCCGCACAUGAAUGUGGAAGGGAGGAAAGGAGGAUAAGGAAGUGGAGAAAGAUGAUAGGUGCUGGUGGUAGCGACUGGAAGCAUUAUGUUAGAAGGAAUCCUCAUGUGGUUAAAAGAAGAAUAAGGAAAGGAAUUCCUGAUUGUCUUAGAGGACUUGUUUGGCAGUUGAUUUCGGGCAGCAGGGACCUCUUGUUAAUGAAUCCUGGGGUUUAUGAGACGUUGGUCAUAUACGAGACAUCAACAUCAGAAUUGGAAAUAAUUCGGGACAUAUCGCGUACAUUUCCAUCUCAUAUUUUCUUCCAACAGAGACAUGGGACAGGUCAAAGAUCCCUGUAUAAUGUUUUAAAAGCGUACUCUGUUUAUGAUAGAGACGUUGGAUAUGUGCAGGGAAUGGGAUUUAUAGCUGGGUUGCUGCUUCUUUAUAUGAGUGAGGAGGAUGCGUUUUGGUUAAUAGUAGCUUUGCUAAAAGGAGCUGUCCAUGCACCAAUGGAAGGCUUGUAUCAGAGUAUGAAGGUUGUGUUCCAAGUUGGAUUGGCUCUAUUGAGAUUCUGCCAUGAUGACCUGGUGAAAUUGCCUUUCGAGGAACUUUUGCAUUCCUUGAGAAAUUUUCCAGAUGAGGCAACUGAUCCAGAUACAUUGUUGCCACUUGCCCUUUCAUUUAAGGUGUCCAGUCAUCUCGAGGAGCUUGAGAAAGACUAUCGGAAAAGAUUGGAGGGACCCAAUGCAAGCUCAAGUAAUAAGCGGCUUCAGCCUCUCAGAUCGACGAUGAACGGGGCCGGCAGCCAGCCUUUGUCUAACCUAAGUGUUGGUAAGAAAUAACAGAAAACUCUUGUGCCGUAAAAAGAGUCACCUUCACUUGUUGUAUGUGUGUUGUAUAGAGUGCGCUGUAAAAAUAACAGAAAACUCUCAAGUAUUCACCUCUUAGUUUGAGUAAAAUGCACCCACCGUGCUAAUUCUUUUUCAAA